GCUACAUGUGCACUCACUGUGGGAAGAACUUGUUGUGAUUUUCCACGCCCGCGCUCAACACUAGCCGGCACGGUGUGGACAGACAGACCAUGAGCCGCUUUUAGAGAUAGUGGGGCAUCAGAACAAUACUAACGGACCGCCCCGAGCACCUAUUGUUCUCCACCCCUUGACAGCCACUCCCGGAACACGUGAGAGGGGAUCGAAAAGCAAACAAAAUGGCAUCGUCGCGGCCUGAGCCCUCCGACGCUUUACCUCCAUCCGUACGGCUCGAAGAGGUUCUGGACGAUAGACUCCGGAUACAAGAGCUGCCUGAUUCAGACCACGAGUACGAAGACUUGUCACCGCAAGAGGAGGCACACAUGGCGUAUCUCGAAAGUGUGAGAAUACCUAUAGUGGACAGCUUCAAGACCGACUCGUCCGAAGUCCAGGAUGAGACGCUCGAAGCUGUUUUACCGUUCCUGGAGGGCAACCCUAACGACUUUCCCCUGAACGAGCAUGGCAUACCGCACCUCCAGAAGGAAAAGCAUAUCAAAUUCUUGAAGAAAGCUCUGGGAGAUUAUCCCGCGCCGUUUGCUAUGAUGGAUGCUUCGAGGCCGUGGCUUGUGUACUGGAGCUUGCAGGGUCUCAGUUCAUUGGGCUACGACAUAUCUGAAUACCGCGAAAGAGUCAUACAUACCUUUUCACUUGCCCAAUACCCCGCCGGCGGCUACGGCGGCAACUAUGGGCACCUCCCGCACCUGGCCGCAACCUACGCCGCAGUCCUCUCCAUAAUCAUGGUCUCCACCCCGUCCCACCCCGCCACCUACGACUCGAUCAACCGGAAGAACCUCUGGCACUUCCUGGGUCAGCUCAAGCAGCCCGACGGCGGGUUCAACAUGACGACCGGAGGCGAGGAGGACAUCCGCGGCGCAUACUGCGCGCUGAUCGUGCUUUCUUUACUCCAAUUGCCGCUCGAGCUCCCAGACGAUGCGCCAGCACGAAAGCACGGGUUGACGUCCUUUACUGACCGCCUGGGCGAGUGGAUCGGGAAGUGCCAGGCCUUCGACGGUGGAAUCAGCGCAGCGCCCGGCAAUGAGGCUCACGGCGCAUAUGCCUUCUGCGGCCUCGGUGCUCUCGCUAUCCUAGGCCCACCGAAGCAGACGCUGCACAAGUACCUCGACAUGUCUCGCCUCAUUCACUGGCUUUCGGCUCGGCAGUGUGCGCCUGAGGGCGGGUACAACGGGCGCACGAACAAGCUUGUGGAUGGGUGCUAUUCGCACUGGGUGGGCGGGUGCUGGGCUAUCGUUGAAGGCGCCGCCCCCGCUUCACAGCACCAGAGCGAGGGAUUGUGGAACCGCGACGCUCUCGCGAGGUAUGUUCUUUCCGCGGCGCAGUUUGUCAAGGGCGGGUUGGUGGAUAAGCCAGGCAAGAGACCGGAUGCAUAUCACACGUGCUACAACCUCGCGGGCUUGAGCGCAGCGCAGCACCGCUACAUGCACGACACAGAGACGGUUGAGAAAGGCGGAUUGGACGCUGCCUUCCACUGGAUGGCAAACGGCACAUUUGCGGGAAGCAAGAUAUGGACGCCCGCAGACGAAGUUGCCUACAUCCACCCCAUCUUUGUGAUACCGUUCAGCGCGGCAAGCGAGAGUCGGAAAUACUUCGCGGACAAAGGUGGCUUCUAGCUCCAAUUCAGUCCAAUCCAAUCUAAUCCAAUCUAAUCCAUCAAUAUUCAGCCCUACCCAUCCCAGUUAUCUUUUUUUGUCUAGUAAAUCCCGAAUGUUCAGCCGUCCAUGACGCACACCACUGGGGGCCCAUCCUCCACCUUGCCCUUCAACAAGGUUUUGAUGGCGCCAUGUGCUUCGCACUUCUCGUCGUAGUAGGCCAUGUCCUCUCUGCUGAGAAACACCGUCCGCGCGAGGAACGUGAAGCCUUUAGACCGAGGGUCGGAGUGCAGCGCGUGGCCCGCCGAGAGUUGGAUGUAGGGUUUGCUGUCCUUUGUACAUAGUCAGGACGGGGCGAGGGAAGGAGGAGGGAG